AUGCUGACGACAGAUAUUGCGUUGUUGCAUGAUGAAAGUUAUCUCAAAAUAUCGAAAGAGUUUGCUGCAGACCAGUCCGCGUUGGACGACGCGUUCUCUCGUGCCUGGUACAAACUUACGUCGCGUGACAUGGGUCCUGUUUCUCGGUGCAGGGGAAAUGACGUUCCUACUGCUCAGCCAUUCCAGAACCCGUUGCCACCUACACCUGCGAUUCUACCAAAUUUUGAAGCAGUUCGUGCAGACAUCCGAAAGCUGCUUUACAAGUCGAUGGAAAAUUUAGUGAGUGACAGAAGCAGUGACGACUAUGCCGGGGGGUGUAACGGCGCCAAAAUCCGCUUUGCACCGCAAAAAGACUGGCCAAUGAACACUGGUGUAGACAAGAUCAUCGCUGUGCUGGAGUCUAUGAAGACAAACGGGUCAAGUCGCGCUUGA